GCUCAAACCCGGAAGAAGGAAAUCAUGACUGUCGUCCACAACAGGCUCAAGUCAGGUUGAGGUCGAGUGGAAGCCAUGGCGAUGACAAGUCAGACAUCCUGUUCCUCGAUGAGUAACCACACUAAGGAGAGGGUCACCGUGGCCAAAGUGACCCUGGAGAAUUUCUAUAGUAACCUCAUAUCACAGCAUGAGGAAAGAGAGAUGAGGCAGCAGAAGUUGGAGAAGGUCAUGGAUCAAGAGGGACUAGCUGAUGAAGAGAAGCGUAUCCGGCGGUCUGAGCAUGCCAGGAAAGAGACCGAGUUUCUCCGUCUCAAACGAACACGGCUUGGACUAGAGGACUUUGAGUCACUCAAAGUGAUUGGUCGUGGAGCUUUUGGAGAGGUGCGUCUAGUUCAGAAGAAGGACACGGGCCAUGUUUAUGCCAUGAAAAUUUUACGUAAGGCUGAUAUGCUUGAGAAAGAACAGGUUGGUCAUAUUCGAGCAGAAAGGGAUAUUCUUGUAGAGGCAGACAGUCUGUGGGUGGUCAAGAUGUUCUACAGCUUUCAGGAUAAGAUGAACCUCUACCUCAUCAUGGAGUUUCUGCCUGGAGGUGAUAUGAUGACUCUGUUGAUGAAGAAAGACACUUUAACAGAGGAGGCAACACAGUUCUAUAUUGCUGAAACGGUGCUGGCUAUUAAUUCCAUUCACCAGCUGGGCUUCAUUCACAGAGACAUCAAACCAGACAACCUGCUGCUGGACUCAAGAGGCCAUGUGAAGUUGUCUGAUUUUGGCUUAUGCACUGGUCUAAAGAAAGCUCACCGCACAGAAUUCUACAGAAACCUCAAUCACAGUCUUCCAAAUGACUUCACCUUACAAAACAUGAAUUCAAAGAGAAAAGCAGAAACAUGGAAGAGGAAUAGAAGACAGCUGGCCUUUUCAACUGUUGGAACCCCUGACUACAUCGCCCCAGAAGUGUUUAUGCAAAACGGAUAUAACAAGCUCUGUGAUUGGUGGAGUCUGGGGGUCAUUAUGUAUGAAAUGCUGAUAGGUUACCCUCCAUUUUGCUCAGAAACACCUCAGGAGACUUACAGGAAGGUGAUGAACUGGCGGGAAACUUUGACCUUUCCUCCUGAGGUCCCAAUUUCAGAGAAGGCCAAAGAUCUCAUCCUCAGGUUCUGUUGUGAGAGUGAGCACAGGAUUGGAGCCACUGGAGUGGAAGAGAUAAAGAGUAACCAUUUUUUUGAGGGGGUGGACUAUGACCAUAUCAGGGAGAGACCUGCAGCCAUUCCAAUUGAGAUCAAAAGUAUUGACGACACCUCCAACUUUGACGAGUUCCCUGAUUCAGACAUUCUCCAGCCUUCUGCUCCUGUUGUAUCCAACCACACUGAGGCUGAUCUAAAGAGUAAAGAUUGGGUGUUCAUCAACUAUACAUAUAAGCGCUUUGAGGGGUUGACCGCACGAGGAGGCAUUCCAUCAUACAUGAGAACUGGGAAGAGAUAGACCCAGUGGGAAUCAAUAACAUGCUGAUCUCUUGCAGUAGUUCUGUUUUUUUGUUUUUAUAAGACCUUCUCCAUCACUUCUAGCAUCUGAAGGAUCCUGCAUCAUCCUGUCCUACUUUUCCUGUUUUUAUCACUCAGUCAUGACUCAUUCAUGGAUGUAGACUCCACCCGCCCUUAAUCCAUAGAAGGACUCAUUCAGAGUUUACCUAAGGGCUUUUUUUCUGGCUGAAUGUAGUCACUGGGCUUUUCCUUUAUCAUUCUUGAGGAUUUAAGACUUUGGGCAAUCAUCUUUCAUGUUGCCAAGUCUUGUAAAAUAUUUUUCCAGUACACUGUUGCAGUGAAAAAGGGCUUGAACAUUAGCUUGUUUAGACCCCUUUCAGGUCUAAAACCAGACUAGUACUCCUGCAACAAUAAUUGUACAACAAUUUUAAUUGCAUUAGUUUUGGUGGAUCAUUGAUUUAUCAUUUAAAGGAAUAGCAUAUUUGGUUGAAUCACCCCUUCUCAGCCUUUUUGUUGUCCACAUCUGCUGUAUAAAUCUUUAAUGUUGAAAACUUCCUUGCUAUUUUUAAUUAAGAAGGAGAGGAUAACUUUUGUGCUCAAGCCAUGUUUUAAAAUCUAUACUUUUUAAAGUAAAUCACUUUCUCUGUUUCAUGGAAAUUCCUUCCCUGGUAACGCUUGCCAUCAAAGAUCUCAGUGACAAUGGCAAAACAAGGGGCUUUAUAGUCUUUAUGUUCGUCAGUUGUCAUUGUUAGAACUCCCUUGAGUUGCAGAUGUUGCCUUAUAUUUGGAUCCUUCUAAGACCAGCACAAACUUUAUUGUUCUUCUACUUCCCCGAAAACCUCACCAGCUGAUGUUAAAGACCAAACAAACUCUACGGACCAGCGUUUGUAUAUUUAAUGAGUAUUUGCAGAUGACCUGGAGAUUCUAAUGUUGAUUGAUGCAAAUGCUUUUUUCUUUUUUUUUUCUUGAAAAAGGGGUUAAUUAAUUUCUAAUGUUUGGGGAACAAAGUCACAUUUCUUGCAUCUUGAGGAGAAUAUCAACGCUGUUCAGGGAUUUAAAUUGCAUAAUGAGUGUCCAAUUACCAAUUCUUAAAUUUUAAUGUGGGAAUAAAAUGUUAAAAGCAAAAUUUGACAUUACAAAACAGACACAACUGGCUCUGUCUUAAGCAGCUUUGUGUCUGAGGGCUUGAGGCUCUUCCUUGUUGUCUGAUCAUAGAUUUUCAUAAUGCAUUAAUUAGGAAACUUAAGCUUUGUCUUGACGAGUUACCAUCUAAACCCAUAGCAAAAUGAAAAUACAUCUAAAGUUGUCACUCAACAUUCAUUUUUCAUUCCACAAUAGUUAUAAUCAGUCAAUGCAUUAUUGUUACUGCAUUACUUAGUCCAGCAAGCUGCUUGUACAGUUUGCAUGUUGCUUGUGAUGUUCGAAUUUGACUAAGCUCUUCUAGGUCAGUAUGUUUGUUAAAGUCAAACAAAAUGUUUUCUAGUAUCUCCCAAAAAGUGAAAAACAAAAAACAAGCAGAAUAUUUCUGUAUUAAGGACACAAGUUGUCUUUUUAUGACCAAAUUGAAUGUAUCCUAUUGAUAAAAUGAAACUAGGGCCUAAUUGAGUGCUAAAAUUUUCUAUAAUUUAUGCUUGAACACCUAAGAAUGCUAGAAUGUGGAUUGACCCAAGUAUGGAGUUGCCUAAAUGCUUGAACGAAUGAUUUGACGUCUUGAUUGUUUGACGUCUUUAUUUUCUAUGCUACGCAGCAUGAUCGAGAUAUUACAUGUGGAAUUGCUUGUUGCUAGAUGCAGAGCUGAGUAGCCCUGCUGCAAUUGAACACAAUAUACUGCUAUAUAUUACUGAAUCCCAGAAUAUGGAAAGUAGCAUAAACUCAUUUCUGAAUGGUGAAUUUUUAUCCUUUGAGCAAUACGUGACUGUUGAUGGUCUGGAUGUGUAUUUGUGUGUUUUAUGAUAUAUAAUGGUCAUUGCAGGAGAUCAGUAUUUUCAUGCUCUCUGAUGGUUGAACAUUCUGCUGCAUGUUUUCAAAAGUGCUGGAAAAAUGGCAGAGCUAUGAAUAAGUUUGAGAAUUUGUAUUUUAAUUUUGUGCUGCUUUGUUUAUUUGUUCCCCUUAUUCUAGUAUCACUGAAUGAGAAUACGUGGGGAUAAUUUCAUGGUUAUUGCAUAUCAAUGAUAAAACCUUCAGUCAGAAGGGUCUUUAUGGAAUAUAUAGAAUUAUACACUGUCUGCAAGAAGCAGCUCAUUUCUUGGACUGCUUUGUGUCUGUUGCUGUAUUUCACACGUUGAAAACUGACCAUGAAACCAGCGUUUCAUUUAGAGGGUUUGGUCUUUUAAUAAUUUCUUACCCUCUUGUCUUUAUUUGGGUUGUUCUGUAGGUUUCAUAACUUGUGAAAGGACACCUUUGCGUUUUUCUUGAAGAUUAACAAUGCACCUUUUACAAGUUGUAAUGCCAUGUAUUUUUAAAGUAUACACACACACUUGUCAAGUUGUUAAAGUACACACUGAAUGACUGCUCUGUUGUUUGCCUGUGAGAGUUUGUAAUUCUUUCAGAAAGUGUUUCACCUAACCAGAAGUAGACUAGUCUUAAUACUUUUGGGUCUCUAUUUACCUGCUAACGAAAUAAUUUCACUUGUAUAAAGGAGUUUAUUUACACUGAUGCUAGUGCUCACAAAGUGUGCAAGAGAGGGGAGGUCUUUUGCUGUUCAUUCAGAUUGUCAGUUAUGUAAUAUACAAAGCUGAUCAUGUUUGGUUAGAGAUGAUUUGUGAACACUGCUCCAGUUUUCACUGAUGUCACAUUCUGCUGUGAGAGAUGGAAGUUUAUCCUCUCUCUGCCUUAAGCUUGAGCUGUAGAGUGUGUUUGUGUAUUUUUCCUGUGCUCAUAGAGCACCUUUCACUGGUUUAUUUGUCUGAUAGUUUGCUUUUGAGGUGGGGCACACUUUGACCUUUUAAACGUCCUGAAUAAACGCCAGUUCAUUUACA